AUCUACAAGGACGACUUCAAUGUUCGAAACCCUGAGUUCUCAGAGGCUCCAGACUUUGCAGAUCAGACCGGUGUGUUCGAGUACUUCAUGAACCUGACCGAUCCUGGACCUCACGUCUUCACCUUACGGCAGGUUCUGACCCAGAGACCCGUUACCUGGGCAACAGAUGCUGACCAGACCGUCAGUGUCAUCGGAGACUACCAGUGGCAGAACCUGACGGUGUCCUGCGACGUCUUCAUGGAGACGGUGAAGACUGGAGGAGUGUUUGUAGCAGCUCGAGUCGACAAAGGAGGACAGUCGAUCCGCAGCGCUAAAGGAGUUUUCUUCUGGGUGUUUGCAGACGGCACGUACAAAGUCACCAACGACCUCGCUGGACAGACCGUUCUUGCAGAGGGACAGUCUGGUACUCUUGCGUUCGGUUGGCACACAUUGACACUCACUGUGGAGGGUCAGUUUGCGUCUGGUCUUCUGAAUGGAUAUCCUCUAUGGAAGAACGCCGUGGUCCUGAUGCCUCAGAACGGCUGGGCCGCUGUAGGAACCCGCUCGUUUGAGCUGGCUCAGUUUGAUAACUUUAACGUGGUGGCGAAAUAAUCACUGACUGAUGAAAUGUACACUGUGCUGUGAAUGCUGUGAUGACUCUAAUUUAUUGACUUCAUUCAUGCUUUAAUUAGGAUGCGAAAGGGGAAAUAAUGUAUCAAUACGCACUCCUGCCUUUAAAUUCUUACCUGAUCAUUUUGUAAAUUAUUGUAUUUGUAAUAAAAGGAUGGUUUUAUACUUUU